AUGCAAUUCCAGCCAUCGAACGAAGAAGAAGCUGCAGGUCAGUCAAGUCAUUCUGAUGAAAGAGGAGCGUUUGAAGCAUUACUAGCAGAGGCUAAUGAAGAACUUUACGAGGGAUGCACUUCAUUCUCAAAGUUAUCUUUUAUGCUGAAGCUAUAUCACAUCAAGAGUAUAACCAAGAUUAGUGAUAAGGGUUUAUCAAUGAUAAUUGAUCUACUAAGGGAAGCGUUUCAACAUGCCAAGCUGCCUGCUUCACUUCAUGAUUUAAAGAAGACCAUUCAUAAACUUGGACUAGAUUAUGAGCGUAUUCAUGCUUGUCCAAAUGAUUGUAUGCUGUUUUGGGGAGAAGAUUCAGAGCGAGAAGUGUGCAAGAUUUGUAACAUAUCAAGAUGGAAAGGUAAAAGCACAGAGCAGGAGAGAACGAGGAAGUGUCGGGAAAGAAAAGAAAGAAGAAAAGACAAGCUGCUAAGGUCUUGA